GGGGACGUGGAACUGCGCAUGUGCGUGAUAGCAGAACUAACUAACAAACAAACAUCAACCAGAGACGGACAGCAAACACAGAUCACGAAUUUUCUUAUUAAUAGCUAACUAUCUACAUGGGUUAACUAUCGUUUAAUAUACCUUGCAGUUCCACACUAAUGAAGGAGCUCCGUCCUGGCUGACUUUGGGAGAUGGGAGUACACAAUAUUACAGACCAGCUUCCACUGGUCCAAGCAGUUUUUAAUCGAAAUGCCGAUGAAAUUCAACUGCUAUUGCAGAAAGAGGACGUCAAUGCACUGGACCAAGAGCGCCGUACAGCACUACAUGCUGCUGCCUGUUUGGGGGAUGUUCAUAUAAUGGACCUCCUCAUCAAUGCAGGUGCAAAUGUAAAUGCUAAGGACCAUGUGUGGCUAACUCCAUUGCACAGAGCUGCUGCCUCCCGGAAUGAAAGGGCAGUGGGGCUACUUCUGCGGCAGGGAGCAGAGGCCAAUGCACGAGAUAAGUUCUGGCAGACUCCACUGCAUGUUGCAGCUGCCAAUAGAGCCACGCGCUGUGCAGAGGCCCUGCUCCCCCAGCUGAGCAAUCUGAACAUGGCAGACCGCACUGGCAGAACCGCCUUGCACCACGCUGUUCAGAGCGGAUACAUGGAGAUGGUGAAGUUGCUGCUGAAUAAAGGGGCCAACUUGAGUACCAAUGAUAAGAGAGAGAGACAGCCUAUCCACUGGGCAGCGUACUUGGGGCAUCUGGAGGUGUUGAAGCUGCUAGUGUCUCGGAGUGCAGACAAGGGCUGCAAGGACAAGCAGGGCUACACCCCUCUCCAUGCUGCCGCUGCCAGCGGACACAUUGACAUAGUCAAGUACCUACUGAGGCUCGGGGCUGAGCUAGAUGAGCCCAAUGCCUUUGGGAACACUGCUCUCCAUGUGGCCUGCUACACAGGCCAAGAGGCUGUGGCCAAUGAGCUGGUGAACCAAGGAGCUAACGUCAACCAGCCCAACAGAAGUGGCUAUACCCCACUGCACCUGGCCGCUGUGUCCACCAACGGGGCCCUCUGCCUGGAGCUGCUGGUCAACAAUGGGGCUGACGUCAACCAGCAGAGUAAUGCAGGGAAGAGCCCCCUGCACAUGGCAGCCAUUCAUGGACGCUUCACACGCUCUCAGAUCCUCAUCCAAAACGGUGGAGAGAUUGACAGUGUGGAUAAAUAUGGCAAUACCCCCCUCCAUGUUGCUGCUAAGUACGGCCAUGAACUACUGAUCAGUACUCUGAUGACCAACGGUGCAGAUACAGCCAGACAAGGGAUUCAUGGGAUGUUCCCGCUGCACCUUGCUGUGCUCUAUGGUUUUUCAGACUGUUGUCGCAAGCUACUCUCCUCAGGUCAGCUGUACAGUAUUGUUUCAUCUAUGAGUAAGGAGCACGUUCUAUCAGCCGGGUUUGACAUAAACACUCCAGACAACUUUGGAAGGACCUGUCUACACGCUGCUGCUUCUGGAGGAAACGUUGAAUGUCUCAACUUGCUCUUAAGCAGUGGUACUGACUUGAAUCAGAGGGACCAAUCGGGAAGUUGGGCCUUCUCUUGGUCUCUCAGGACUCCGUUGCACUAUGCAGCUGCUAAUGGGAGGUACCAAUGCACCGUGACCCUAGUGAGUGCUGGCGCUGAGGUUAAUGAGCCAGACCGUACAGGCUGCACUCCCCUGCACUACUCUGCUGCCUCCCAGGCCUUCUGCAGAAUGGACCGACAUUUCCCCGGGACUCUUCAGAGCGAGGAAGAUGGAGAUAAGGAGUCCUAUUUUUGCUUGGAGCAUCUGUUGGACAACGGUGCAGACCCAUCCCUGGUCAACUCUAAAGGUUACAGUGCUGUUCAUUAUGCUGCUUCCCACGGCAACAAGCAGAACCUGGAACUGCUCCUGGAAAUGUCCUUUAAUGCCCUGGGAGACAUUGAGAGCAGUAUUCCAGUGAGUCCAUUGCAUUUAGCUGCUGAUAAUGGCCACUGGCAGGCGCUGAGUGUGCUGACAGAGACUGCUGCCUACGUAGAUGUGCAAGACGCCUCGGGCCGCUCUGUGCUCUACUUGGCUUCCCAGAGAGGUUACGCCCGCUGUGUAGAGGUCCUGCUAGCCCAGGGGGCCUCCUGCCUCCUCAACGAGAACAGACACAUGUGGACCCCUCUACACGUCGCAGCUGCCAACGGCCACACGGAAUGUCUGCACAUGCUGGUGGAAAGCGGGGAGGAGGCAGACCUUACCAACGUCACAGACACACAGGGACAGACUCCUCUGAUGCUGGCCGUGCUAGGUGGCCAUACAGACUGUGUCCACCUGCUGUUGGAGAAGGGGGCCUGGCCUGACGCCAAGGACAAGGGGGGCAGCACUGCCUUGCACAGAGGGGCGGUGGUGGGCCGUGAGGACUGUGUGACAGCCCUGCUGGAUCACGAGGCAUCUGCCCUGUGUCGGGACGGCCAGGGUCGUACCCCCCUGCACUACGCUGCCUCCCACCGCUACACUGACAUCCUGGCCAGUCUGCUGCGUGCCGCCAUGCGCUCCGAUCCUCUGGACUCCCUAUUGGACCACGAAGAGUACACGCCGUCACACUGGGCCGCCUACCAAGGGCAUGAAGGCUGUUUGGAGAUUUUACUUGAACACAAAACAUGUAGUAGCCAGGAGGGAAACCGCUUUACCCCAUUGCACUGUGCUCUAAUGAAUGGCCGUAGUGGAGCUGCAGAGAUGCUGUUGGAAUCUGCUGGUGUACAGAUGGUUAACACCAGGGAUACUAAAGGAAGGACCCCGCUUCAUGCCGCAGCGUGUGCCGAGGACGUGUCGGGGCUUCAGCUGGUCCUACGCCACGGAGCUGAGAUCAACGCCGUGGACCACACCGGACGCUCUGCUCUCAUGGUUGCUGCUGACAACGGACAGAGUGGCACCGUGGCCAUCCUCCUGCAACGGGCCAAGGCUGACCUGACACUGCUGGACGACAGUGGAAACACUGCCCUACAUCUGGCCUGCAGCAAGGCUCAUGAGAUGUGUGCCCUGCUGAUUCUGGGGGAGAUCCAUAACGCUACCCUCGUCAAUGCAACCAACGCUGCACUGCAAAUGCCCCUGCAUCUAGCAGCACGCAACGGUAUGGCCACCGUGGUCCAGGCACUGCUGAGUCGAGGAGCCACAGUGCUGGCAGUGGAUGAGGAGGGCCACACUCCAGCCCUGGCCUGCGCCCCCAACAAAGACGUGGCUGACUGCCUGGCUCUGAUCCUCUCUACCAUGAAACCUUUCCCACCUCUGGACCCUUCCUCAUGCUCCUGCUCUUCUUCCUCCUGCCCCUGCACCUCCAUAUCUGUCUCCUCCAUCUCUGUCUCCUCCUCCAUCUCCCCCGGUCUCAACCUACUGAAGCACUGCGGAAUCACCGCAGCCUGUACACCCCUGCCCAACGGAGGCCUUCACCAUCACCACGGCUAAGUCAAAGACCACCAUGGCGCCGCCAUCGGCCUGGACGGGUGCCUUUCUGAGUAAGGUCAUCCUACACCUACAAUCCGACACCACAACCACCACCACCACAGGGUGACUCCCUUGAGUACACCCACCUACACGCCUGUGCAAAUGUGUGCGCGGUCUUCACCUGAAGGGCAGUCAAACCUAUAUGCAAAUAGAGCCCACAGCAUCUAUCUCAGCUCUGUAGUAGUUAGUGCUUAACACAGAGAGACUGAUCGCUCUUUCUGUAAUGUCACUGGAAUACCGCUGUUUGUUGCUAAUAACCAACCACAAAAAUCAUCUAAAAUAAUCAAUCCCUUUAAAAAAAUGUCCCGCAAAUAGGUACUUGUCAGCACAGAAAAAUGACUGACAGCUUAAAGUACUGUUUAUUCUCCUUUUUGUGUUUGUUUGUAGUCUCUUGUUUAGUCACUUCUCAUUAUCAUUCAGUAUUUAAUAUAACGGAAACUAGGACUAGUAGUGGUGGCCUUGAAUAGGAAUGCACAGCCUUCCCCAAAGGAGAAUAUUCAAACGGGUUAAAGUAGGGUAGAGGACUUGAUGAAGGAACCAUACAGAAGAAAGUCCUGCCCAAGAGUGCAAUGCUAAAAUAUAACUAUUCUGACUUUUUUUUAAAUGAUUAUAAUAUGUACCUUGUGUAGUAGCCUAUAUUUAAACUUUUAGCCUAAAAUAGUUUGUCAUUUUCAUAGAGGAGAAUUUCAUAGAGCUGCUAAAGUUUGAAAAAUGUAUAUGUAAGCAUGUCUCCUUGCAAAGGAGUACAGUGCUCAGGUUGGGAUUUUAGCAUCAAUUUAUUCUCAAUGCUGAAGUAUUGUCUACAACACAGUUUUGUGUUUACUAAGCUAGAAUGUGGUUCAAAGCAUAUCAGUUAUGACCAAAGGUGAUCAUCACUACUAUGGCAAAACAAAAAUAUUUAUUUGAGAUGUACUGUAUAGAGAAAGACGAUAGAUCGAUCUUGAGAUACCUCGAUAAAUAAUUUUGCAGCUGCUGAACGAUUAGACAGGGAGAGUAGUAGCAAUGAGGCCUUGGUUAUUUAGUUUGCCUUUGGGAGCGGGCUCGCCCCAUUGCACCUCAGUGAAGCCUCUUGUAUUGUGAGCACUUUCUCUUGUAUUCUGCUCAGUCAAUCUUAAACCAUUUCAAUUGAUUUCUCCCCAAAAAAAUCUUAUCAUUCUCAAAAGACUUUGGUACAAUGAAUGGGAUUAUUUCCCCAAAUUUGGCCUUGGUCAAUCUGAAAUUGAAUUUAUACUGAACAAAAAUAUAAAUGCAACAAUUUCAAAGAUAGCUGUGUUCAUAUAAGGAAAUCAAUUCAUUAGGCCCUGAUCUGUGGAUUUCAUGACUGGGAAUACAGAUAUGCAUCUGUUUGUCACAUAACUUUUUUCAAAAAGGUAGGGGCGUGGAUCAGAAAACCAGUCAGUAUCUGGUGUGACCACCAUUUCCCUCAUGCAGUGCGACACAUCUUCUUCACAUAGAAUUGGACAGGUUGUUCAUUGUUGCCUGUGGAAUGUUGUCCCACUCCACUUCAGUGGCUGGAUAUUGGUGGGAACUGGAACACGCUGUCGUACACAUCGAUCCAGAGCAUCCCAAACAUGUUCAAUGGGAGACAUGUCUGGUGAGUAUGCAGGUCAUGGAAGAACUGGGACAUUUGCAGCUUCCAGGAAUUGUGUACAGAUUCUUAAGAUAUGGCACCCCAAUGGGCCUCAGGAUCUCGUCACAGUGUCUCUGUGUAUUCAAAUUGCCAUCGAUAAAAUGCAAUCGUGUUCGUUGUCCGUAGUUUAUGCCUGCCAUACCAUAACCCCACCUCCGCCAUGGGGCACUCUGUUCACAACGUUGACAUCAACGUGUGGUCUCGGACGAUACCACAGGUAAAGAACCCAAAUGUGGAGGUGCUGGGCUGAGAUGGUUACACGUGGUCCGUAGUUGUGAGGCCGGUUAGACCUAUUGCCAAAUUCUCUAAAACGAUGUUGGUGGCUUAUGGUAGGGAAGUUAACAUUAAAUUCUCUGGCAACAGCUCUGGCUGGACAUUCCUGCAGUCAGCAUGCCAAUUGCACAGUCCCUGAAAAAACAUCUGUGGCAUUGUUGUGUGACACAGCUGCACAUUUUCAUGGCCUUUUAUUGUCCCCAGCACAAGGUGCACAUGUGUAAUGAUCAUGCUGUUUAAUCAGCUUCUUGAUAUGCCACACCGGUCAGUUGGAUGCAUUAUGUUGGCAAAGGAUAAAUGCUCACAAACAGGGAUGUAAACAAAUUUGUGCCCAAAAUUUGAGGAAUACUUUUUUGUGUGAUUGGAACAUUUUGGGGAUCUCAUUUUUCUGCUCAUGAAACAUGGGACCAACACUUUACAUGUUGCGUUUAAUAUUUUUGUUCAGUGUUCUUCAGAAAUUAAGAGAUGGAGCAAUACCACUGUUCCUCUCAACGCUUGUAUCUUGACUAGUACAAUGGUCAGUCCUGGUAUGAGAUAGAAAUGCUCUUUCGUUUUUGUAUAAUAUAAGCAAUAUUUACUUUCUGGCAUUUGAACGUUAUUGAAAAGACAAUCAUAGCCUCAAGGGCUUUUGUUUCCUUGGUAAUCUUGUUUGAUGUUCACUUUAUUUGAGUUCUGACACUAGGCCUAGCUACAUGGACAUGAUCUGUUCUAGACUAAAGGCUGUAGUCGCUGUUUCAAGGCAUUUUUCUGUGCCAAGAAAACAUUUCAAUUGAUUGCCACCAUGGUAUCUCAUUUAGAACCAUAUGACAUCUUGGCAGUAUGAAUGCAGGAUGGCAAAAUAAGACGAACCCUAGGAUCUCACCCACUUAGUCAGACCUGUACAUCUGGUAAGAAGAGGAUUCCUUGGUUGGGCUUGAUUGUUCAUGUCUCCGGACAGAAGUCAUGACUUACUAGAGAUGAUUGAAGAUGACUUACUAGAGAUGACUAGAGAUGAUUGAAAGCCCGGUAGGUAGGCAGGGUUACUGUAGGAAUGAACUGAGAACUAAUGUUACACUCAUAUGGGCAGUAGUAGUACUUGUGUAUUAGUAAAGCCAAAAAGUGUAAUUCCUUUUUGCUUUUUGUAACGCGUGUAUCUUGUCUGGUGGUACUACAUUGUAUCAGACCACUGGAGCUCAACUUAAUUUAAAUAUUUUUUACACUACCAUUUCGAUUGCAUCAUCAGUGGACAGCUACAUUUCACAGUUUUCGGACUAAUUUACAUUUAUUUAAUGCUUCACCAUAACAUCUCUUGAUGAUGGCUAAAUGACAUGCCUUAGUUCUUUCUGGAUGAUAAAAAGCACAGUGUUCUCUGUGUUGUCUGGGGUAGAGGAGGAACAAAGGGAGUGUAUAGUCUUUGGUGUCAUGUGUAAACGGUUAAUAGUCUCAGGCUGUGUGGAGCCAAUCACAUGGAUUGAUAACAUAGAAGUCAUAUUGACAUUUUAUGUGGUAUGCAUACAGUUCUAUAGUUAUUCAUUCAACCCUGAUCCAAGGCACUUAUUGAGGUAGUUAUGCACUUUAACACGUUCAGUGUCUUUGUGUGCAUUGUCACUCUGAAUACGUGCAUACGUAUGUAUAUUUACAUGCAUAUGUGUUGUAGCUACAUGAAGUCUGCUUUGUGGGAGAGAAGAGGUGCAAAACAGGCCAUGGAAAAGAUUGCAAGGUAUGUAUACUGUUGCUUCAUUGACAGAGAUUUAACUUCAAAACUCUCAGGGUCUAAAAUGGUCAGUCCACACAACAUGGUCCAAAAUCCAGCUAUCACAAUGUGGUUUGAUCGAUGCCAGUCCAGGGUAUGUUACUAGUCCAUCUGGUUAGUCCAGUGAUUUAGUUAGGCUUGCUUUCACCAUGCUUGCAUCCUCCUCCCAUGACUCCACAUUGAUCAACAUCUGUAUGUUGUAUAACAGACACUGAUUACAUCAAUAAUCCAAAAGCAAGUGUGUCUGGCUAGCAGAUCAGAAAUGUUUUUCUUCUUGCAAUGCCCUUGUCCAGCAGAUGGCACCAGUUCUCCAGCAUAUAUCCCAUCUGGACCUCUAUCCAUGUGUGUUCCGUUGCUAGACAGAGAACUCAUUAUAAAUGAGCUUGAGAUCAUACUUCUGACUUUAAAGAAACAAUUAAAUGGGACAUUUUUUUGUAGCAAUAAAGAGCGUGUGAACGAUGUGUGCAGCACAAAUAUUGCACUGCCUUCUGCUGUAUUUUAAGCUAAUCCAACAAAGCAUUUUAGUAAUUUAUCAGAUGCUCUUAUCCAGAGCGACUUCCAAUUGACAUGCAUGCAAAUUGAAGAUUUGCGUGACUUAUUGUGCUAAUCUUAGGUCACAGUUAAGACCUUAUUUUCCAAAGUACAUUGGAUAAAAAAACUAAUUCUGAGAACAUGGAAUGUACACACUGACUCCAAAUAUGAGCCAUGACUUCACUGGCAAAUGUGAAUAUGGGGUCAAAUUGGAACAAUUAUUUUCUCCUGACCUUUUGAACUGCUGCUCUGGCAUUCAUGAAAUUAUACAAAUAGCAGCAUGAAAUAGUUGUCAUGUAAGUUUAGUCUUCCUGUUAUGGGUCUUGUCUCUUGAACGUGAUCGAGCUAUACCUAUAGGUCCCUGUGUGUUUGUCAUGCAUUGACAAUGGAAACAGCAGGUUGGAGAGUUUAAACAUUUAUCUCUGUUAAUAUCAUUGAGAUAGCCUUACAAUAUAUUUUGAACAGGAAAUUAGACUACGCUGUAGUUGCUUUAAUUUUUUUGCAUUAAUUGAUAGCCUGUUUUUAAAAAAGGAAAAUACACCUAGCUACAUCCAUUUAGUGCCAUAGAAACCUUUAUUUGCCUUCAAGCAUAAGUCAUAUUUGGUCAGUAACUCAUGUCUUUGUUGGGACUCAUUUACCCAGAUAGCCAUGGUUAGAAAGUAAAAUUUAAAAAUAGUAUUAAGCUCUGAUUUGAAGCAUUGCUGUCACAGAUCCAGGUCCUUAUGUCAGUGGUGACUAAUGGUUUGCAUCACUACUUAGUACUGGUCGUAGGGUGGAAACUAGGAAGAGGAAAGCAAUCAGAACAGACAUGGUAGUCUGGAAAAAUAAUGGAUGCAAGAUUUGUUUAAGUAUUUAUAAUUGGACAGACUUUGUAAAGACAUAUAAUGUAAUAAGUCGGCAAUGAUCAAAAUGUAUGUUUAUUUCUUUGUAAGAGCUGGUUUUGUAAUUAUAAUAGGAACAGUUUUUAAUGUUGGCAGAUGUGUGGUUAACAGGGAAUAGAUUUACCUCGAUGGAUGCCCCUAUUCUUACUUGAAGUAUCUUUCAUAGAAGGCAAAUGUAAAAUUUUCAUUCACAGCCAAGCCUUACCUUUAAAGCAAAGGAACCAGUAUCUUGCAGUACCUACUAAGUUAUAACACGUGACCCCUCUGGAGUUACAUUUCUCAGUGGAACUGAUCAAAUCUUUGCUGAUUUUGCUAUUAUGGUGUGCAUCCCAAAUGGUACCGUAUUCUCUACAUGGUGUACAACUUUUGACCAAAGCCCUAUGGUCCUUGGUCAAAAGCAGUGCACUAUUUAGAGAAUAGGGUGCCAUUUUGGAUGCACACACCCAAUGUUGAUGGCAAACAACUCAAGGUUUCCCUGAGAUUGUUUUGGGAUUUUGCCAUAUUUGCUACAUUGAGUGAAAAAAAUGGAUUUUACUUAUUACCGGUCUAGUUCAGUUUGACUGUAAUCUCCAAAACCAAAUAACGCUAUUAAUUUAAGUACCUCAGUACCAGUUGGAGAGAAGAGAAAGGACAAAAAUAGAAGUCUACCUUGUUAUAAAUGCAAACCGUUGUCAAUUUGAUUCUAAAGAUUUAAGUUCUGGUAUGUGAAGGGCAGAAAUGUGUAAUUCAAUGAAGGUCAUGAGGAAAAGUUGUGUGAAAAUACAAUCUAUAUUUUGGUGGGGGUGGGGGGGGGGGGGGUACUAUGCAGUAAUUAUUUACCCCCUCAAGUUGGUGAAUGUGGGUUAGUGAAUAUGGGAGGAUUUUUCUAGCUUUCCCCCUGCUUGUGGUCUCAUUUUUUUCCUUCAUCCUUGCUUGGUAUUUUGUUCUCCAUCAGUUGGACCUGUGUGAUAACCAGCACAGAGGUGGCAUGGUGCCUUUUCAUGUGUUUCUAAAUGAAUGUUGUAGCUACGGCAUGGUCUUCCAUUUAUACCUUCUGGAAGCCUUAUGAAUUCCAUGUAAAAUAAGAGCACAUCUCUCUGAAAAGAACAUUCUCAACCUUUGUGAUGUUUGCUAAAAUAAGCAACUCUUGUUUAUGUUCUUGGCCUAUUCCGUGUGCAUGCUAUUGAUCUCUGCACGUGAGUCCCAUCAUAUGGUGAAUCCGAGUGUACUAUCAUACCUGAUGUUGAACACCAAUAUUGGAGUAUUUUUUUUAAAGCACAAAUCCAAACAUGGAACCAUAUUCUUUGACGAUACCUCCAAGCAAAGAUGUGUCUCGCAAUGCUGUGGCGGUUAGAGCCAAGAAGAGUUAGAACGAGGGGGUCACAAAGAGAAGGAAAGCAUGGGAUUGGAUAGUCAUUACCAUUAACUGUAGUCUGAGCAUAUGAAUUUAGAUGUAUUUAUACUUAGAUGUGCUAACUGUACAGAAUAGUUCUGGUUGAAGUCAUAUUAGGGUACAUAAAAGUAAUAAUGAUAAUGUUUUGGUCGUAACCGUGUGGUGUUUUUGCAUUAUUAAAAGUAGUGGUUCCUCAGUAGCGGUGUGCAGUGUUAAGCAUGUGAUCAUUCUGUUGAAGUGGUCUAAUAUAACAUGCGUCGUAUUCUAGUAGCAUUAGGGUGUGAUGAAUCAUCCUCGCUUUUUAAGCUGACCUCCCUUUUGAAGUGGAUGAAAAAGACGAGUGCAAUAAACUUCUUAUUUAUCAUUUGCUUCCUCAUGUAAAAAAAAAACUUUCUGUAGCUGGUUAAUGCAGUGGAAUUGUAACCUCUCCUUGCUGCUUCGCAUCCAGAGAAGUGGCACUAGGAUGUGAAGAACAGCAUUCUUGGAACUGUGAUUGAUAUCAAAGUAUCAAAGCUGCUUUCUCAUAAAGGGGGACCAGACCAUGCACAAGAUCAUUUGACUGAUACAUUAACUGUGUGUAUUGUGUUAGAGGCAUUUUUGGGUGGAAUAUUUUGAUUGCUUGUCUAGGUGUGUAUGUAUGCAUCUUCCUCCGUAUCUAAAGGAAUUAUGAAAUGCCUUGUUUUCAGAAGAAACAUUAAGGGAGACCUCCCAUUCAUUCCCCCUCACUAAACUUAAGGUGUGCAUCGAAGUUAAGCUUUCUGAAGCUGUUCUGAUCUUCACUGUUCAUGUAUGUUUUAUUAGUAUCAAUAAUGGAGGCGUGUUGAAAUGGUGACCCAUGGAUUACAUUAAGAAAACUAAGAAUUAUUACAAGCAACUACUUAAAAGAAUCACUUAUAGUGUUGCACAUGUAUGUUUUUGUUACUUUGGGCAAGUAACCAAGCCUGUCUAAAUCAGACAUAUCGAUGACAAAGGAAAUGAAAGGUAGGGAAUGAAAGGUGUAGCAUGAGAACAGCUCAGUGCUUAGGGUAUAAUGUGUAUACCUACUGUACACCCUUUUGACAUGUUGGAGUACAUGUCAAAAUGGCCAUUGUUGGAAGCCCUGUGAUAUUAGUUGUAGAAUAACAUUCCCCUUAACUACCUUAACCAGCAGGGGAAGGAAAUGUUCAAAAACAUUGUUUGCCAUUAUUGGCAGUAAUUUGCUGUAAAAGCACAGACGUACUCUUAGAAUAAGCACAGGAUCAAUGCCAAUUAUUAGCCUCUUAUUGGGAAUUGCCUUCAUUGUGGGUGACCACGCAUCAAGUCUGGGGCCAGAUAUUAUCAUUGGACUCCGUAAGGGACCACAAUGGUGAUUCACAUCGCAGUCAUUUUGAUACCAUCUGUUGGAGGUACACUAUGGUAAUGUGCUCCCUGAGCAAUAUGGAUGCAUUCAUUGGCAUAUCCUGUGACUUGUUGGUCCCUUUGCGGAUUUCUUAGUUUAUUCUGCAGCACGUGAACUGAUGAAGACCGACCUAUGGGUUAGUUGCCCGUUUCACUCCGUGGCUUAUGUAUUGUAAAUACUAUGGACCCCAUACCAGGAAAGGAGGAGUCUAAAUCAGGGCACAUGAAUAGUUACAAUGAAAUGUUUUUUCAAUGUACCUUUUAAAAAUAAUUUGGUUUGUCAGCUAAACAUUCCAAAAGUUUUCCAAGCUUUGCUGUUGGAUAACAGAACAGUCUAAACUGCUUUGCUGUUGGAUAACAGAACAGUCUAAACUGCUUUGCUGUUGGGUAACAGAACAGUCUAAACUGCUUUGCUGUUGGAUAACAGAACAGUCUAAACUGCUUUGCUGUUGGAUAACAGAACAGUCUAAACUGCUUUGCUGUUGGAUAACAGAACAGUCUAAACUGCUUUGCUGUUGGAUAACAGAACAGUCUAAACUGCUUUGCUGUUGGGUAACAGAACAGUCUAAACUGCGUUGUUGUUGGGUAACAGAACAGUCUAAACUGCUUUGCUGUUGGGUAACAGAACAGUCUAAACUGCGUUGCUGUUGGGUAACAGAACAGUCUAAACUGCGUUGCUGUUGGGUAACAGAACAGUCUAAACUGCUUUGCUGUUGGGUAACAGAACAGUCUAAACUGCUUUGCUGUUGGGUAACAGAACAGUCUAAACUGCUUUGCUGUUGGGUAACAGAACAGUCUAAACUGCUUUGCUGUUGGAUAACAGAACAGUCUAAACUGCUUUGCUGUUGGGUAACAGAACAGUCUAAACUGCUUUGCUGUUGGGUAACAGAACAGUCUAAACUGCUUUGCUGUUGGAUAACAGAACAGUCUAAACUGCUUUGCUGUUGGGUAACAGAACAGUCUAAACUGCUUUGCCGUUGAAUAGUAGUAACUUUGACAUCUGGCAUAGGCCUAGUCUACAUGCGGUGUGUCAGAAAGGAAAGAUUCCCUAUUUAACUCUUACCUCAUUUACAAACCUGCAAAUACUAUUCUGUGAGUAGAAAAUGCCAUCACCAGCAUGUGCUCUAGACCUGUGAUGACAAUGGCAACAGGACCAAUGACGUAGCUCGAUUUCAACAUUAGUGAGUUAAAACAUGAAUAGUCAACGCCUCUCACUUUCUUCAAAUUCUAUAAGGCUGAUGCAUAUAAUGGUAUUAUCCAUGUAAAUAAACUUGUUUGCAUUUGUCUUUUUCAAUAGUAGCAUUUUUCCUACCUCCCAUAAAUUGCAGCUUGAGUUAAUCUGCACCUGUUUUGACAAACAAAUAUAUACACAUUAGCCUAUGGGAACUUUACCAUGAAUAAUAAUUCAACUUGAAGUGUGCUUGAUUGUAUGUAUAAUUGUGUGUGUUCAUGAGAUUUAUGAUCCGCAUUUCUACAACAAAAUACCACUGGGAUGUGAAGCCAGACUGAUGCUGAUUGAUGUCUUUUUAAAACCUCAUUUCUGCUUUCAUGUUAUGCUCUAGUCUCUUAAAGUUUACAGCUUCCUGGAAUGUGAAUUUUGGUUGGGUUAGUUAUUGCAUAUGUACGUACAGCUGGUUUUGGUACUAUCAUAUUUUUAACAGUGGAGACCGGUUAUAUGCAUUAUUAUAUUCUGUACGAGGUAGAAUUUUGUUCCCCUCAAGCCGUAUGCCUUCAGAAACACUAAUCCACGCAACUUGCUAGGUGUUUGCCUUCCCACUGUCAUUGUGCAUCAGCUUUAAAGCUAGAAUCCUUAAUUGAAACAAGCGGAUACCCCACCUCUGUUUUGGUAAAAAGCUGACGUCUGGGCCUGGAGAAAUGUAAGCACUCAAAUUCAUGGACAGAGCUAUGGAUGCAAGGACUGACCACCCAUGAUAUAAAACAUAGUUAACCAUGUUGAGGCUAUACAGUGUAAGAAAAUGGCCAUAACAUUAAUUUAAGUACAAAAAUGAAUGUAGGAACUAAAGAUUCUAGCUUUAAUUCCAUGGCAAUAGAGGACAGGGUGUGAGGUCUGGUUUCUGACAGACACUCACCCUGCCCCUCAUUCCCACACAAGGAGAGGAACACCCCCUCACUCCCCAUCCACUGUCCCUCCAAAACCUCAAGCCAUUUCUUUAUUUGACAACAAUGCAAUUGAUCCCAAAAGCACUUUGCCUUGUUUUUCCAUUGUAUGAACUAUGUAAUUUGUUACGGAUAUGUGUAAGAUCAUUCAUUCACAAUUUCGGACUAAUCUGCGCAUCAAUCUUUGACGUUAAAAUGAUUUAAACAUUGAAUCUAAAUCUAUUUUAUACAAUGUUUGCUGCAGCCAAUUGGUCUUGUCAUUCAGUAUUGUGGCUUAGGGUUGGUUGUGUUUUAAAUAAAGUGCUAUUGAUAAAUA